AUGGAAAACCAUCAGUACGGAUACGGUGGAAGAGAUCCUUCCUUCGACCAACGGGAUGGUGCCGCUGGUGCUUAUUCCCCGCUUGGUGAAAGGGACCAGUCUCCCGCCCCCUACGCCGGAGGCAAUUAUGGAGGAAACAAUAUGGAGAUGAGCUCAAUUACCACUGGAGGCUUAUAUGGCGGUGACCCGACUGCAAUCCUGAACGAGUGUCGAGACAUCGACAAUGGAAUCGAGCAAAUCGAAGCAAAUCUACGCGAGCUACGAAGACUGCAGGACCGCUGCCUCGCUGAGGCGGAUUCAUCCGCUAGCUCAUCGAGUCGGCAGCUAGACACCCUCAACACGGAGACCAUGGCCUUGUACCGCACCAUAACUGAUCGCGUCCGCAAAAUCAAGUCGAGCCCUGAGGGCCGCCAGCCUCGCAACCAGGCCCAGGUUGGCCGCGUUGACCGCCGGUUGCGACAAGCAAUUCAAGACUAUCAGGGCGUCGAAUCCUCGUUCCGCAAGAAGAUGCAGGAGCAGAUGGCCCGCCAGUACCGCAUUGUGCGCCCCGAUGCGACUGAGGACGAGGUCAAGGCCGCCGUCGAGGACACUACCGGAAACUCGCAGGUUUUCCAGCAGGCAUUGAUGCAGAACAAUCGCGUGGGCGAGGCGAGAGCUGUGCUCAGUGCUGUCCAGGACCGUCACAAGGCUUUGCAGAGGAUUGAGCAACAAAUGGUCGAGUUGGCGCAGCUGUUUGAGCAGUUGAACACGUUGAUUGUGGAACAGGACGUCAAGAUUCAAGCUAUUGAGCAGACGAGUGAGGAGGUGGUUGACAAUCUCGACAAAGGCAAUGAGGAGAUUGCAGUGGCUGUCCAGACGGCGCGGGCCACCCGCAAGAAGAAGUGGAUGUGCUUGGGUAUUUGCGUGGCCAUUAUCGUUGUGAUUGUUAUCAUUGUGGUGGUAUAUGUUGUCGUCACCCACCCUCCAGGCGGCGGAAAUCGACCGGCGCAAAACACGAAGCGUGGUCUUCUGCAACGAAGCUUUACCGAUGAUCUGCAGAUGAACAACGCCCGAGCUAUCCAGAUUGCCGCUCCCAUGGCCGGCCCCAUCUCUCGUAUCCACAGACAGUCAAACUACGUCGUCCCUGAUAGUGCCGACUCGGAGUCUCUUGUUAAGAGGCUCUCACCGGAAGGGUUCGACCGCAUCAUUUCGCCCUACAAACAAGCACCUGCAGGAGCGACAAACGCGAAACGAUUUGUAAUCACAGACGAAAUCCUCGAGUUUAUGGAACAGAAUAACGCGGUGGCUUCUCGCGGCCCCCAUAGGGCCGGAAAGCGCUUCGUCAUCACGGACGAAAUUCUGGAAAGUAUGAGAGGCGGCCAAGUGGCAGACCAUAAAAAGUUUGUUCCGGGUCAUCAUAACGAUGCGAAGGAUGGCAAAUGA